GGGCGGGGCGGGGAGGGACCGGGAGGGGCCGGGAGGCAGCAUGGAGGAGGCAGCUGGCUCGGGACCCGCCGGCUGCCGCUUGUGCCGCAGCCGCUGCCGCUGCUGCCGGCCCUGAGCCCGCGGGGUUCCCCUAGGAGGCCGUGAGUGCAGGUGCAAUGACAGGGACCCCCCGGAGGCCCCACUGAGAGCUGGGCCCCGCUGCUCCGGGCAUGGACGAGUGGAAGCCCGGGCCCCCGGGGAAGCCCUUCGGGGCCAGGAAGAAGCGGGGCUGGUACCUGGCCUGGAAGUACCGACUGACCAACCAGCGCCUUGUGCGGCGCCUCUGCCAGACCGGGGCCGUGCUGUUUCUGCUGGUGACCGUCCUCGUCAACAUCAAACUGAUCCUGGACACACGUGGAGGGGUCAUGGAGGAUGGGGAGGACCUGGAGUCAGAGCAGGACUACGAGGAGUCCCUGCAGCACCAGGAGCCCCCGAGGCGGGGCGCUGCGGGCCCCCGCAGGGUGCUGGAUGUUGAGGUCUACUCCAGCCGGAGCAAAGUAUAUGUGGCGGUGGAUGGCACUACGGUCCUGGAAGAUGAGGCUCGGGAGCAGGGACGGGGCAUCCAUGUCAUUGUUCUCAACCAGGCCACGGGUCAUGUGAUGGCAAAGCGGGUGUUUGAUACAUACUCCCCCCAUGAAGACGAGGCCAUGGUUCUCUUCCUCAACAUGGUGGCCCCCGGCCGCGUGAUCAUCUGCACCGUCAAGGACGAGGGCUCCUUCCACCUCAAGGAUACGGCCAAGGCCCUCCUUCGGAGCCUGGGCAGCCAAGCGGGGCCGGUGCUGGGCUGGAGGGACACCUGGGCAUUUGUCGGCCGGAAAGGAGGUGCUGUCCUGGGGGAGAAACACUCCAAGUCUCCCACUUUGUCUUCCUGGGGGGAGCCCAUCCUGCUGAAGACGGAUGUCCCACUGAGCUCGGCUGAAGAGGCAGAGUGUCACUGGGCAGACACGGAACUGAACCGCCGUCGGAAACGCUUCUGCAGCAAAGUGGAGGGUUAUGGGAGUGUGUGCAGCUGUGGGGACCCCACCCCCAUUGAAUUCAACCCUGACCCGCUUCCCAACAACAAGGUUGCUGAUGUGCCUGUCGCAGUCAUUGCAGGGAACCGGCCUAACUACCUGUACAGGAUGCUACGAUCCCUCCUUUCUGCUCAGGGAGUGAACCCCCACAUGAUCACAGUCUUCAUCGAUGGCUACUACGAGGAGCCCAUGGAUGUGGUCGCCCUGUUCGGUCUGAAGGGGAUCCAGCACACGCCCAUCAGCAUCAAGAAUGCCCGGGUGUCCCAGCACUACAAGGCCAGCCUCACCGCCGUCUUCAACCUCUACCCUGAGGCAAAGUUUGCUGUGAUCCUAGAAGAAGACUUGGACAUUGCUGUUGAUUUCUUCAGCUUCCUCAGUCAGUCCAUCCACCUCCUGGAGGAAGAUGAGUCCAUCUACUGUAUCUCUGCCUGGAAUGACCAGGGCUACGAGCACACGGCCGAAGACCCGGCUCUGCUCUAUCGAGUAGAGACCAUGCCCGGCCUGGGCUGGGUGCUCAGGAAGUCUUUGUACAAGGAUGAGCUGGAGCCGCGCUGGCCCACGCCGGAGAAGCUCUGGGACUGGGACAUGUGGAUGCGGAUGCCCGAGCAGCGCCGAGGCCGCGAGUGCAUCAUCCCCGAUGUCUCCCGCUCCUACCACUUCGGCAUCGUGGGUCUCAACAUGAACGGCUAUUUCCACGAGGCCUACUUUAAGAAGCACAAAUUCAAUACCGUCCCCGGCGUCCAGCUCCGCAAUGUGGACAGUCUAAAGAAGGACGCGUACGAGGUCGAGGUCCUUCGGCUUCUCAGUGAGGCCGAAGUCCUGGACCACAGCAAGGACCCCUGCGAGGACUCGUUUGUGCCCGAUACUGAGGGUCACACGUACGUGACCUUCAUCCGCAUGGAGCAGGACAACGACUUCUCCACGUGGACCCAGCUCGCCAAGUGCCUGCACAUCUGGGACCUGGACGUCCGAGGCAACCACCAGGGCCUGUGGAGACUCUUCUGGAAGAAGAAUCACUUACUGGUCGUCGGCGUCCCGGCCUCCCCGUACUCGGUGAAGAAGCCACCAUCGGUGACCCCCAUCUUCCUGGAGCCUCCAGCCAAGGAGGAGGGUGGGGGGCCCGGGGGAGCCAUGGAGCAGACGUGAGGGGCUGCCUGCUGGGCUGGGCCUCCCAGAAGCCCCUCCUGCCUGGAACCCCAUCCGCUGUGAGCCCGAGGACGUCUGCUAGCUCCCC